ACACAGCAGGGGGAGGAGGGGAUCGGAGCAAGGCUGCUCACCAUCUCCUGUCUCCUGUGUUGUUGUCUCUGUGUAUCCAUGUUAGUCUCCCUCCUGGCCUGAUGUACAAACACCCCUGUGGGCACUCAGAUGUGUGCAACAGUAUUGACCUUCCGGAGGUGGAGAUCAUCAGCCUAUUGGAGGAGCAGCUGCCUCAUUACAUGCUGAGAGCCGACACCAUCUACGGGUACGACCAUGACGACUGGCUACACACCCCCCUCAUCUCCCCCGACACCAACUUCGAUCUCACCAACGAGCAGAUAGACGAGACCCUCAAGUACAUGCGUAAGUCGUCAGGGGGGCAUGGCCACGGCUGCAGCCCGGCCUGUCUCCCUCCUCGCCCCGGCAUGGCUGCGGGCCGGGCUCCCUCUCCUCCCCGCGCCGACACCGACACGGAGCCGGAGCCCCAUCACCCCGCACAGUGGCGGCUGCUGGACGAAGUGCUGUGUGCGGAGCGAGUGGGCCAGAUGACGAAAACCUACAAUGACAUCGACGCCGUCACACAUCUACUUGAGGAGAAGGAGCGGGACCUGGAGUUGGCGGCUCGCAUCGGCCAGUCACUGCUGAAGAAGAACAAGACCUUGACGGAGAGGAACGAACAUCUGGAGGAGCAGGCGGACAAUGUCCGAGAGGAGGUUUCCCAGCUCCGUCAUGAGCUCUCUAUGAAGGAUGAGCUGCUCCAGUUCUACAGCCACGCCGCGCAGGAGAGUGAGAACAACUCCUGCCCCCCCUCCCCGUUACACAGGAACGAGUCUGCGGUCUCCGUACAGAACUGUUUCCACCUGGACUCCCUGCAGAAGAAGCUGAAGGACUUGGAGGAGGAGAACGUGGUCCUCAGAACCGAGGUGAUAGGACACCUACACGUGUUGCCUGCCUCGUUCGCUGGGAGUGUGUGUGCACUGAGCUCUUCCCCCGCUGGCACCCCGGGCACCCCUCGACGCCUGAGCCUGGCGGAGUCGUUCACCAACCUGCGGGAGGGCACCACCACCACCAGCACGUCCCUGGGGCUGGUGCGUCUACUGAAGGAGAGGGGGAUCUCAGCCGCCGUCUACCAGAGUCUGGCCCCCGUCCUCCAGCUGCCCAAACCCCCCACGCUCCCCUCCACCCCUCCCAACUCCCCCCUGCUCCCCCCUCCCGGCCCCUGGCCCGAUGUCCGGGCCCCUGGCGGCCCCGACGACCCUUUCCUGGCCUCGCUGCCGGCCAGCUCGCUGCUGAAGGAGCUGAGGGGGGGGGACAAGACCACCAGGCACGUGGACAGCCAGACGGAGGUCAGCAUGGCCAGGAUCGACCUGGUGGCCAAGGUGAAGCGGCUGGGCAUCGGCCGGGCGCUGCGGGACCGCACAGUGGACGAUGGGGACCGCCACACCGCGGCCACGCUGCUGAGAGACGGACAGUCGCCGGGUUACGGCCACAUCUCCCGCAGCCCCAUCGGUGGUCUCCAGCUCGGAGCCGGCAUCCGCAGGAACCGCAGCCUGCCCACCAUGGUGGGGCCCAGCAUGCAGAUGAGGGGACCCGUCUCCGAGCCCACCGGCAUCCUGAUGGGGGCUGCGUUACCUGGCCAGCCGGACCCGCAGUGAGCUGAAUGUACGAGGGGACACCACACCAUCCUGCAGCCCUCAGCACAAAAUCACGGGCUGGCAUGGUGGCGCAGUCGCAGAGACCCGGGUUCCAUCCUGACUACGGGCAAAUUCUGUACCGAGUUUGUACCUUCUCCUUGUGACCUGCAUGGGUUUUCUCCGG